AGGAUAAUAGCCGGAAGUCAUGUGUUUUAUUUUUGUUUGACGCGGUGUUGCGGAAGUUGGCCGUCAGCUGCAUGUUACCAACCAUAGAUCCAACACCAUGUAAAAAGCUGAGAUCUUAAGCGGCUCUCUGGUAGUGCAUGGACGCCGGAGUUGUCGGCCGGGCUCCGGUCUGUCUGUGUGUCCUCUGCGGGCUCCCUGCUGCUGGGAAGUCCACGCUGGCCCGUGAGCUCCUGAGCACCGCUGCACGGCUCGGAUGGAGAGCUGGUUUGGUUCCGUAUGAUGACCUGAUCCCAGAGCAGGCUUUUCAGACCAGAGUGCUGGAGGACGGUGUCAAACUGCAGGAAAUGCACACUGAAUGGAAGUUACACAGACAAGCAGUUCUGCGGUGCAUUGAACAGUUCUUGGAGAAGCCUCGGGUUUUGGCCGAGAUGCAGAGCAGCUGUCAGAUCAACAUCGCUGCAUGGGAACGAUGCAUUCAAGCUGUACUGCAGCCUGAAGCUUUGGACUGCACUCAGGCUGAGCGGGCACCGCUUCUGUUUUUACUGGAUGACAACUUCUACUAUCCAAGCAUGAGAUAUGAAGUGUACCAACUUGCGAGAAAGUAUUCGCUGGGUUUCUGCCAGGUGUAUCUUCACUGUGAUUUGGAGUCCUGCAUCAGCAGAAACCAGAGCAGGUCUGAACCCAUUCCCACUGAGGUGAUACAGGAGAUGGUGAAGCGUUUGGAGUCUCCAAAUCCUCAGAAGAACUCGUGGGAGGCUAACAGCAUUUCAGUCAACACCACAGCCAAAUUGUCCGAAUGUGACGUCCAGAGCGUCAUGGAGUUGAUCUCCUCUGCACUGAGUAACCCGUUGAGCCCGGUUGAGGACAACACCGAACAAACGGAGGCUGACCGUCUGAAAUGUGCCACCAGUGUGGUUCACCAGGCCGACCAGGCCUGUCGACGGCUCAUCUCCGAAGCCAUGAAGACUGCCAGAGAAAAUCAAGUACUCCCUGAGCACAUGAGGUCUCUGGCCACUCAGCUGAAUGAAUCCAAAGCAACAUUUCUUCACAACCUGCGGAGGCAGCUGCUUACGGAAGCGUCUUUCACUCAAGGAGAGGACAUUGACGUGGAACGCGUGGUGAAAAGAGCAGUGGACGUUUUUGACCGCGAGAGAAAGGAAAUCCUGUCGACGAUCAUGAAUGAAAAUAAAUGACUUGAAUCUUUUCUUGAAAUGUCAGAUUUAAUCACAAUCAAAAGCCAAACUUUC